AUGGCAACGCUUGUGGCGUACAAUCAUCGGCUUGGUAGUGUGCCUCUGGAAGAACUGUUUCCUGGGUUUCAAUUUUCAGAGCUCCGGACCAUCUAUGUGAGGCUGCGUGAAGGGCCUUUGGAGCGGCAAGAUGUGGCUAUGUCUGUUCGUGUCUGCAAGGUGGAUCGAUUUGUAGAAUUGAUCCGGGAACCCCAGCUCGUGAGUGAUGGCUAUGUUACUGCAGUGUGUUUGGGUGAAGUUGCUCUUCCAGAAGAUGGGCAGGAAUGCAGUAGCUUGAUUGGGCGACAUGACCAGUUGUUGGCCAAGAUCAAGGAAGCGGGGCAGUUUGCUGCCGAGAAUCGUGCUCCGGGUGGAAGCCGGCAGCAUGUUCGCAGGUUGGAGGCUGCCGCCAGAUAUCUUCGCGGGAUGAGGGGUUUGCAGCCCGGUCUUUUGACUCUGACAGAAAACCCUGCGUUUAGAGUGUCCAUAGCAGAAUUUUUGGGCAAUGAGGAUCGGCCAGUGGAACAAGUGAAUUUGGCAAUCUGGAUCAUUAGUGUGCCUCAGGGGCAGACCGGUUUUCUUCGUAUGGGAGGCAUGCGGGCUUCGCCGCGACAGAUGGUGACUGUGCUGUUGGGGCAGCUGCAGAGGAAGUUGCAGCAAACUGUCCGGGAGAAUGAGGAUGUUCGGGGCCCAUUCUCAGCUGUCAUUCGGGAUGUCGUGAAGCCGAAGCGCAGUGGUGUUAACGUGACCCGUAUGUUGCUGGUGGGUGAAGACCGAAACCGAGACUGGAAGUACAAGAUGAUUUGGGUUUGUUCAACACAGCAGGUAUGGGCCUGGAUUGCUGCGCCAGAGGCUGGUUUGUACGGGCGAGGCACUGUGCAUUAUGUGUCGAAUGUGGGCAAUUUUCGGCAAGACCAAGUGUCUGUUCAGCCAGUGGUAGAUUUAGAUGCAGGGACGCAGGUCGUGGUCGUGAUCUUGGCAGAUAUCCAUGAGUUCAUCCACAUGUACGAGGCUUUGGUCAGGCUGAGGCCAAUGUUGGAGGAGGACGUUGGAGGCUUAGCUGGGACGUCAAUUGAGGGUUUGGAUGGUUUGUUGAAAGCCAACGCUUUCAAUGCUUGGCUGGGUCUCAGCCAACCAAUGGAGUUUGUCCGCAGCCCGGUCUGGGAUCGCUAUUUGGGAUCCCAGCGAGAAGUAUUUCUACGAGAGGCAGCAGUGUGUCUUGGGAUUGGCAGCUUCUCUGCAGAUCAGCGCCGGGUGUUGUCCGGAAUCAAUGGGACGGUCACAGUGGUGUCCAGUUUUGCUGGAGGGGGCAAAACGACAUUGCUUGCCGCAGUGACGGUGCAGCUGGCAAGGUAUCUAGAACCUCCGCUUGUUGUGUUCAAUGCGCCUGCCUUGAAAACGGUGCAAUCCUUCGCAAAACGUUUGGAGAAGGUUGGGUUAAACGUUUUGGUGCUUGGAGUGGAGAAGGAGGACCAGGUAGAUUUGUUCGAAGAAAAAUGCGCCGCUGUUGCUGCUGAGGUGUUUGAGAGACACCGACAGUUCUAUGAAGCUGUUGAUGAAUUGUUGGAGUUGGUGCCAGCGGACCGUUUGGAUGUGAGGAGUAUUGUACUUGGAUGGCGUUUUAUUCAUCUGCAAAAUGUUGUGUAUAAUGCGAUGCGGGUGGAGCAGCAACGGGAGUUGGAUGCGGUCCAAUGUGUUGCCUGUACCACCUCCUACAUGAGCAAAAUGAAUGGCAAUGGUGGUUGGGAGAAGCGCUUUCGUGGACGUCGCAGGUUGGUCUACCUCAUGGACGAGUUCAUGGGCGAGCCCUUUGAGCGGACUGCGAUCAACUGCAUACCUUUUGAAUGCAUGCUACUAGUUGGUAUCUUGGCUUCUGGCUCCAUGGGAGGUGAUGAGCAUCAAUAUCCGCGUUGGAAAGCUGGAGAGAGCAGAGGGUCGUUCGGGCGGCCGCUGCAGCAGCACAUCAACAUGGAGUGGGUGGAGCAUGCCAAAGGGGUGCAGAAGUUGCGCAGCUUGGAAACGUGGCGCACAGGCGAACCGUGCAUGGCCUUUUUGCGGGAUGUCUUUGGUGAAGAGGCGGGCAAAAAGGGUGACUUGGUUGGCGGGAAUAAAUGA